CCGCCGACCGCGACCGGGGCGCGCGAGGGGACGGUCCCCGCGGCCCCCGGCGGAAGGCAGCGCACGUGGGCGACGCCAGCCCCGCGUUCUUUUGUUGCCAGCCGGCCGCGGGGCUCCCAUCACCGCCUCGCCCAAGCCCCAAGGGUGUGGUGAGGGGAGCUGCUGGGGAGUGGGCCUCGCGAGCCGUCCUCGUCGGCCCCACUCCGGGUCUCCGGCCACCGCAGACCUGGGUGGGACCCAGCCUUUCGCUUCAGCGGCUGCGAAGCUUUGGGGGGGGCAUCCUUGGCGCCCCCUUCCCAGUGCAGCCGGGUGUGGGGGGAGGAGAUCCCUACUUGGAAACGUGGAGGAGAUUGGAAAGCGAUCAGAGCGGGGAGGCAGGCUCAUCCGGGCUUGAACAGUUCUGCAGCUGUUCCUUUACGUGCUUGCAACCCCGGCCCAUUCUCCCCGUUGCGUCGGACCUCCGAGUUGGAUCCAGCGCCUGCCGCGCAGAAUUUGUCCGGGACCCAUUUUGUCCUCCUCGGCCGGAGCUUGGGCCUGCACUUUCAGCGAGCCAGGCCCGGCUGAAGCUCGGAGAAACUCCCCUCGGCCUGGCCGCUCGUCACAAUGCCCAUCCGGGGCUGGAGAGCCGAGAAAGCCUGGAGAUCGCGCAGCCCCGGCGGCCUGCAGAGCGCUGGCCUGCCGCGCCCAGCAGCGCGCCUCCCUCCCCACUGCUGCGCGGCCGCUCUCCUGCCUUUUCUGUUCGGCUACUUUUAAUUUUUACCGUUGCUGAAGGUGGAGGGAAAGGGGAGGACUCUUACUGUUAAGGGACUUUUCAUUUUAAGGCCUGUAACUGAUAAAGGAUGAACGCGAAUUCUCCUUGGGGCUGGGUCUCUUGAUCUGCGUAUCUUUCCCCCUCUAGGUUCUUGGUUUUGCAAGAGGCGGGUUACUGUAGACGUUUUGCCUGCUGCAGGAGAAUAUGCCUCCUGUGACUUUUAAUACACAGAGCCGUGAUGUCCUUCUAGCAGGACCCUGCUCGGGCACAGGGAGCCAGGCACACCAUGGCCGACGCAGACGAGGGCUUUGGCCUGGCACACACUCCCCUGGAACCUGAUUCGAAGGAUCUACCCUGUGACUCCAAGCCCGAGAGCACGCUAGGGGCCCCCAACAAGUCUCCGUCAUCCCCUCAAGCCGCCUUCACCCAGCAGGGCAUGGAAGGGAUCAAGGUGUUUCUCCACGAAAGAGAACUGUGGCUGAAAUUUCACGAAGUCGGCACAGAAAUGAUCAUAACCAAGGCCGGAAGGCGGAUGUUUCCCAGUUACAAAGUGAAGGUGACGGGCCUUAACCCCAAAACGAAAUACAUCCUCCUCAUGGACAUCGUUCCCGCGGAUGACCACAGAUACAAGUUCGCAGACAAUAAAUGGUCUGUGACGGGCAAAGCAGAGCCCGCUAUGCCGGGCCGCCUUUACGUGCACCCAGACUCGCCGGCCACUGGGGCACACUGGAUGCGGCAGUUGGUCUCCUUCCAGAAACUCAAGCUCACCAACAACCACCUGGACCCAUUCGGGCACAUUAUUCUAAAUUCCAUGCACAAAUACCAGCCCAGAUUACACAUCGUGAAAGCAGAUGAAAAUAAUGGAUUUGGCUCAAAAAAUACUGCGUUCUGCACCCACGUCUUUCCUGAGACUGCCUUUAUUGCGGUGACUUCCUACCAGAACCACAAGAUCACCCAAUUAAAGAUUGAGAAUAAUCCCUUCGCCAAAGGAUUCCGGGGCAGUGACGACAUGGACCUACACAGAAUGUCAAGAAUGCAAAGUAAAGAAUAUCCCGUGGUUCCCAGGAGCACAGUAAGACAGAAAGUAGCCUCCAACCACAGUCCUUUCAGCAGUGAGCCUCGAGCUCUGUCCUCCUCGUCCAACUUGGGGUCCCAGUACCAGUGCGAGAAUGGUGUAUCCGGCCCCUCCCAGGAUCUCCUGCCCCCGCCCAACCCAUACCCACUGCCCCAGGAGCACAGCCAGAUUUAUCACUGCACCAAGAGGAAAGCAGAUGAAGAAUGUUCUACCACGGACCACCCGUACAAGAAGCCCUACAUGGAGACGUCGCCCAGCCCCGAGGACCCUUUCUACCGCUCCGGCUACCCCCAGCAGCAGGCCCUGAGUGCCUCCUACAGGACAGAGUCGGCCCAGCGGCACGCCUGCAUGUAUGCCAGUUCCGUGCCCCCCAGCGAGCCGGUGCCCAGCCUGGAGGACAUCAGCUGCAACACGUGGUCCGGCAUGCCUUCCUACAGCAGCUGCACGGUCACCACGGUGCAGCCCAUGGACCGGCUACCCUACCAGCCCUUCUCCGCUCACUUCACCUCGGGGCCCCUGGUCCCCCGGCUGGCUGGCGUGGCCAACCACGGCUCCCCGCAGCUCGGAGAGGGAAUGUUCCAGCACCAGCCCUCCGCGGCCCACCAGACCGCGGUCAGGCAGUGCGGGCCUCAGACUGGCCUCCAGUCCCCCGGCGGCCUUCAGCCGUCCGAGUUCCUGUAUCCUCACGGCGUGCCGAGGACCCUGUCCCCACAUCAGUACCACCCUGUGCACGGGGUCGGCAUGGUGCCAGAGUGGAGCGAGAACAGCUAAAGGGAGGGCUGCUUCGUCACGGACGUUGGCCGGGGAGAGAGAGAGAGAGAGAGAGAGCGAGAGCGGGAGACAGACGGAAGCAGAGAGGACCCCUGCGGGAGGCGUUUCUCCUCCGCAGUGUUCACGUCUGCCCUCGAGAGCCCUGGACGCUGAUCUAAUCAGUAGCUCGAAACCACAAUUCAGAAAAGGUGACUUUGUCGUUUCAACACUUAAAAAAAAAAAAAAAGACAAAAAAAACCCCCCAAAAAACAAAAAAAACCAAGAUGCGCCCCACCUGCCACGACCACUCCACGCGUUGGCCAGCCAUGUUCACGCCACCUCCGGGAGUCCUCCAUGAUUCCUUCUUUUGGCCUCCAAAAGGCCUUUGCCUUAUCGAGGGUUUUAGCCUAAAGGUGUGGCUGGAGUCUUUCCUGUCUCAGUGUUAAUGUUGACGUUGUUAUAUAAUAAAUAAUAAUAUAUUUUUUCUUUCAAUUUUCUUAAUGGGACCCAGUCCCUUAUGGGGGGGGGGGGAGGGGGGUAAGUCUGAGGCAAGUGUGUUUCCUUUAUGUACUUGUGGGGGUUCCCCUCACGUACACCACGGCCGGAACCGGAGAUUCGCCACCCUGCCCUUGACUAAGAAAUUACCUACCUCUGCUACGUGAUGUUCUCGAGAAAGUUCCCUACGUCCUGGCCUUUGUCCGACUUUUCCCACCUUGCCGGGCCUCGCGGAGCCCCGCUUGGCCCUUCUUCUUUACCAGCGGGGUCAGCAUAGCGUCGCACUCCGUCUGGCCUCCUAUCUUACUCAGCCCUCCCGUCGUCCCAGCUCUGUCUUUCCAGCCGUCUGUCGCUAAGACGUGGCCUAUAGCUUCCCGACCGGAAAGCUUGCUUUGAAAAACUUAAAAAGCCUUGGGUUACACGCGGGCAGAACUGUGAUAAGCCAGGAGCAAGCUCUGUGCCGACAAGCGCUGCAAAAAGGCCAAAGCAAAUAUUCGUCCUGAUAAAACACAAAGCCAGCCCCAAGCUUCCAAAUGUCCGUCACCGUCGACCCGGCCCGGACGCCACGCGAGGCCCGCCGUUCCUAGAGAAAGGGCGAGACGUGCUCGCCGAUUGGUUUUCUCCAAAGCGAUCAUACCAACGCCAGAUGCCGACACCAAACUGUGGUUAUUGAAAGCAGAAAACAGUAUUAAAAAAAAAAAUAAGCGUGUAAGUAAAAUGUUAUUGCAGGGUUCUUCAGAUGUAAUAUUUUACUGGUACUAUUUAUUUAUAAAUAGGAAUUCUAAUUAAGUAAUAACAUGAAAUGAAAUCCAGCAUGGGAGCUGGCCAAGAGCUUUUAAUUUUAUGAAUACUCAAAACCAAGUUUGCGUUUUUUUUUUCUUUCGAAUGUGCUUUGCUUUCUUGAUUAAAAAAAAAAAAAGUUGUUUUUUUUUUUUAAACUGACCCUAAUAAAGAGAACAGGGUAAUAUGUGAGGCUAAGUAUGUCCAAGUAUGAGCGAGUGUGUAUGUUUGUACGUGAGUGUCUUCAUGCGAUUACGUCUUUUCAUGUUGCUACGGGGGUGGGGUGAGAAUUAAGUAACCAUUUCGUGUAUUUGUGCGCCAAUUAAUGCCUAAUAAAUACCAUGUGCUUAAAAAAGUAUAA